AAUAGUUGGUGAUGGUUCUUCUUCAAACAAGUUUCCCUUGUUUUUUUUCCCUUUCCCAAUACAGCAAUUCCUGAGAGAAGUUUCUACUCUGCAUGUGAAAUGGAAAAAAUGAAGGAACUUGAAGUUCGUCAACUGCACGCCUUCUUGACUUGACCAAGGAAUCAAAUGAAAUUCAGGCAAGUGUAGCAACAGUACUAAUAUGGUAAGUCUCAUCUGAGAACAAACCAAACCAAGGAAUCAAAUUCUUGCUUGGAUAAAUGAAAUGAUUCCUGUCGAAACCAAACAAAUUCAGCAUAGCCAUAACCGGGCCUUAAAGCAAGGAACGCUUCGCUUCUCCUCCCCGCUUUCCCCCGCGUUCGUCUCCUUUGGAACCAGCGGAUCGGAGGGACAAACCUUGCUGGUUUGCAGCAAGGUCUUCUCUUCUCCUCUCCUCUCCUCUCCUCUCCUCACAUAAAUUCAGGUACACUGCUUCUUGUUGCUGCUGUUGUGACCGGCGACAGCGUCCAUGGCGGCGGCCUUCCUGCUCGGCUUCCUCCUCGGCCUCCUCGCCCUGGCGGUCGCACAAGGGGCAGCGCUCCUCUGGGCCAUCCGCCGCCGAAAGGGGGCGCCACCUGAUGGCACCGCACAACUCCCCGUCGACCCGCUGCUACCUUGCGACAAGCAGGGUUAUCUGUGGAUGCUAGUGCAAGAAAAGAUACCAAAAGUUAGCAGCGGUCGAUUUCCAGCUGGAGGUAACCAAGAAAUCAAAGAGAAGAAGAAUAUUGUGGAGGUUCUCCCUGUAAAAAUGUUGGCCAAACUUGAAGGGCACUCACUUAGCUUGUCUGGACCUGAUGGUUCUCACAUAACCAUAGAGCUUCUCCAUUGCACAGUUGUUGCUGUUUCUGCAUCAAAUCUUCCCUCACGUAAAUGGGCCAAGAGGUAUCCGAUAAAACUGGAAAGCAAGGAAUCUGAGAUUUGCAAAGGGAGCAAGGUAUGCUAUGUUUAUGCAGACACCUCUUGGGAGAAGGAAUCGUGGUGCAAAUCACUUCGUCUUGCAUCUACUGCAGACAAAGAAAAAUUGAAAUUGCAUACCAUGUUGACUGAAGAGUUCCGGAGUUACAUAUCCUCUUUGAAUGCUGGAUACCCUUGUUUUCUGAAACCCUCAGUGUUCUCGGGUGAGGAACAUGUGGUUAUGGACGAGACAGUAAAGACUGAUGGAUCUUCAAAAGUCCGCCUUUUCCUAAAAAAGUUUGCGAAGAAGGCAUCUAUAAAUGCUUCCCAAGAGAGUAAAGCAAGACUAGUGCUGUCAAAACAAGAUAUAAAACAACCCAGUACCCCUAGCUCUCCUUUGGGUUACAACAGCCAACUUUCUGAUUCCCCCAAUGCAAAUGUAGAUGAAAAGCUUGUUGAUGAAGGUACACUUUGUUGGAACCUCCUAUUCUCUCGGCUGUUUUUCGAUGCUAAGAUGAAUGAUGAGAUAAGAAAGGCAAUCAAAGCACGCAUUCAGCGAACAUUGUCAAACAUAAGAACUCCAUCUUACAUUGGUGAAAUCACACUUAGCGACCUCAAUCUUGGAAAACUUCCACCGUAUGUGCGCAGAAUGAGAGUCAUCCCACUGGAUUUGAAUGAAUUGUGGGCUUUCGAAGUUGAUUUUGAAUAUUCUAGUGGAAUACUACUGCAUAUUGAAACAAGACUUGAGGUUCAGGAGCCAGAGUUGCAAAAGGACAUAAUGAAGACUACUCUGAAAGAUGAUUCUAAUGGGGAUGUGAAUUCUGAUUUCCUUGAUAGUAUUGAGCAUUAUGGUAACCAAUUCAGGUCUUCACAAGCUUUGGCUUCUGCAAUGGAGGAUAAUGAUGAAGCAGAUGCAUUAAGGAAGUCAAAUAGCACUGGAUGGGCAUCAACAUAUAUGUCAAGGUGGAAAAAUAUCUUGCAUUCAAUAGCUGACCACGUCUCGCAGGUGCCACUUUCAUUGACAAUUAAAGUUUCAUCUAUUCGUGGGACAAUGCGCAUACAUAUAAAGCCUCCUCCCACAGAUCAAAUUUGGUACGGAUUUACAUCAAUGCCGGAGCUAGAGUGGGAGUUGGAAUCUUCAGUUGGGGAUAGGAAGAUCACUAACAGCCACAUUGCCUCACUUAUCAGCAACAGAAUCAAGGCUUCGCUUCAUCAGAGCUUGGUGCUGCCAAACUGUGAAAGUAUUCCCAUGUCGUGGAUGGUAUCAGAAAAGGAUGACUGGGUGCCUUGCAAAGUUGCACCUUUUAUAUGGCUGAACCGUGAACCCAUUGAGAGUGCAAGUUACACUGCAGACACGACUACGCCCCAGUCCGAGACUGCUGUGUGGAAGGCCAUUAUUGCAAACAACACAGCCAACAAAUCGAGUCCACCUGCUUCUUCAACAAAAAGCGAUGAAUCGCCCAAGAACACAAUAUCUGUUCAUGGGCCAAACCAAGAAGCUGCUGCGGAAGCAUCAACUACAGAAUCUUUACUGGUUUCAGCAAGUGGAGUUCCCUUUCAGUCUGACGACGCAAACGAUCAGUUGCAGAUGCCACUGUUGAGCAGCAGAGAGUUUCAGGAGGACGCUUCUAGAGAAACAGGUGCGGGCUCUUCGCUUGAGAGAGCAUUGGUGACUGCAGGGGAGCAGUCAUCGCCCUCUGCUUCUUCUGGACCUGGUGAGGAUGCGAAGAGGCGCGGUAGGCGAGCUCGAGUGAUGGAUUUGGGGAGGAGAAUGGGGGACAAGCUGGAAGAGAAGGGCAAGCACAUUGUCGAAAAGAUGCGGGAGAAUGCGAGGAGCAACAGCCUGCGGGACUAGGAGCGAGCCACUCCUGCUCCUGCUCCUGCUCAUGUUCCUAGACAAGUUAGGAUGUAGUAGUUACUGUUAAGGGAUCAUUGCACUGGCUGGAAAAUUCAGUGUACAGUUUUCACAUCUCAUCUCCCCACUGAAUGAAUAUAACAAACAUGUCAUUUGUUCA